ACACACCCACCCUCUCAUUAUAAUAAACUAUACCAUAUAAAAACAGUGUAACUAAUUACUAAUAAAACCAUCAAAUUGCAAUACCUUCCUCCCCCUCUCUCACACUCUCAUCCCAAACAAUGAAUAUUUCAAUAAUCAAACGCUUUCUCCACCAAUUCACAGCCUUCUCACUUCUUUUCCUUCCUCUUCUAUGUAAAUCGCUAGACACAGACACGAUUUCACCCGGUGUAGUAAUCCGAGAUCCCGACACCAUCAUCUCCCAAAAGCGCGUUUUCAAACUGGGCUUCUUCAGCCCCGCCAACACCACCACCCGCUACCUCGGCGUCUACUACGUCGUCUCCGAGGAAGCGGUGGUGUGGGUCGCCAACCGAGGCCGGCCCCUCAACGCCCCCUCCCGCGCCGCCGCAACGAUAUCUAAAGACGGAAAUCUAGUCCUCAUUGACUCCAAAAACGAUACCAUAUGGUCAACUAAUAUAACAGCACCAUCCGUGAACAUCACGCUUCAGAUACUGGACACUGGAAACCUCGUCCUCCGCGACAACGCGAUGGGGGACGUGCUCUGGGAGUCCUUCUCGGAUCCCUCGAGCGUCUUCCUCCCGACCAUGAGGAUCAUCGACAACGUGGACACAGGGAAGAAGGUCGUCGUUUCUUCUUGGAAAAACGCCUCCAGUCCAGAAACAGGGGAUUUCGCGUCUGGACUGGAGGCGCUGAAUAUCCCGCAGAUGUUCACGUGGAACGACGGUCGGCCUUACUGGAGGAGCGGGCCGUGGAACGGCCUGAUCCUGAUUGGGGUGCAGGACAUGUACUCACCGUACCUGGAUGGGUUCAGCGUGGUGGAUGAUCACGCCGGCAGCUUCUACUUCAUCGCGCCUCAGGUGAACUUCUUGAUGAAAACCGACUUGAACUCUUCCGGGAGUUUGCUGCAGAAGCUGUGGAAUGAUGAGAAGAAGAGCUGGGAUGUUACUUGGCUUGCGCCUUCGAAUGAGUGUGAUGUUUACGGGACUUGUGGGCCGUUCGGGAGCUGUGAUAUUCGGGCUACGAGCAUGUGCUCUUGUCUGAGAGGGUUCGAGGCGGUUAAUAGUGAUGAAUGGGGUAGUGGGAAUUGGACUAAUGGAUGCCAGAGGGUGAAUCAGUUGGAGUGUGAUGCAGGGGGGCCAAAUGGGGAUGGAUUUGUUAGGCUACCGUUUAUGAAGGUUCCGGAUUUCGCGGAACAGUUCACUCCUAGACAGGAGGAUGAGUGCCGGAGCAGGUGUUUGGGGAACUGUUCUUGCAUAGCGUAUGCUUAUGAUGCGAAGAUCGGAUGUAUGUUCUGGAGCGAUACUUUGAUUGACGUUCAGCAGUUUUCUGGUGUUGGUGUUGAUCUUUACAUUCGUCUCUCGCCUUCUGAUUUCGGUAAGGAGAAGGACAAGAAGGUGUAUAUCAUUAUUCCGGUGGUGGUUGGUGUCGCGUGCAUAUCGGCUAUGAUCUUCGUCGCUUGGUGUUGGAUGGUGAAGAGGAAAGGGCAAAAACCAGAGCAGAAAAAGGUGUUCCAAGCAGAGCAAACAUUUCCAUCAGAUUCAACUGCAAUAGUAAUGAAGCAGGAAUCAGAGGUAGACAGUAUAGAGGAGUUGCCAUUGUUUAGUUUUGAGACGGUUGCGAAUGCAACGGAUCAGUUUAACGAAGACAAUCUUCUCGGGAAGGGCGGUUUUGGUCCUGUUUAUAAGGGAAAUUUGGGUGGUGGGAAAGAAAUCGCGGUGAAGAGGCUAUCGGCCGCAUCUGGACAAGGGGGUCACGAGUUCAAGAAUGAAGUGAUCGUGAUUUCCAAACUCCAGCACAGGAAUCUCGUCCGGUUGCUGGGAUAUUGUGUGGAGAAAGAAGAGAAGAUGUUGAUCUACGAGUACAUGCCAAACAAAAGCUUGGACUUUUGCCUCUUUGACGAUAGCAAUCCAUCGAAGAAGGUUCUAGAUUGGAGGAAGCGUUUGAAUAUCAUCGAGGGCAUUGGCCGAGGCCUACUCUAUCUCCACAGAGACUCCAGACUGAAGAUAAUUCACCGAGACCUCAAGCCCAGCAACGUACUUCUGGACGAGGACUGGAACCCCAAAAUCUCCGAUUUUGGCAUGGCUAGAAUCUUCGGAGGCGACCAAGAACACGACAAUACUGCCAGAGUCGUAGGGACUUACGGAUAUAUGGCGCCUGAAUACGCGAUGGAAGGCAGAUUCUCGGAAAAAUCAGAUGUAUACAGCUUCGGAGUACUAAUGCUAGAGAUACUAAAAGGGAAGAAGAACGCACACUUUUACAAUCACGAGUGGUCCCUUGGCCUUAUUGGAUGUGCAUGGAGGCUGUGGAGCGAAGGCGACGGUUUGGCUUUCGCGGACGAAGGUAUAGCUAGCUCGGAUUCGAAGGGAGAGAUGGAGAGAUGCAUUCACAUUGCGUUGUUGUGUGUGCAAGAAUUUCCGAAAGAUAGGCCUACGAUUCAGACGGUUUUGUCGAUGCUGAGCCGGGAAAUAGUGGAGCUGCCGGCGCCGGAGCAGCCGAUGUUUGAUGAGAAGUGGAAUGGCUUGCCGGUGGGGACGACGGUGGCGGCAGGAGAACUCGGACACUCGGUUAAUGAGCUCACAAUCACUGCCAUCGAUGGCCGGUGAUAUGAGGCAUUAUAAUUUUACAUCUUUUUUUUACUUGCCUUCUAUGCUCUGUUUUUAACUUUGAUAUUUUUCUUUCUAAAUAAUUAAUUUCAGUGAAAAUAAGAUAAAAAAGUUUCUAGAA